CGUCCGCCAUUGGCAUUAGCAUCAAUGUCAUUAUUCUUCUGAAUUUUCCAUUUGGCGUUUUGAAAAUUGCUCUAUUUUAUUUACAAAAGCAAAAAUUGUGCUAGCAAUCAACACAGUGUUUUAUAAUUAAGCAAAUCUGAUAAUAUAUUCUAAGGUGGGAUCGUCUCGUAGCAGUAUAUAACUGCAGAACUAAAUAAUGGGUGGCUGUAGAUGUUCUUAUAAAAAUUGUGCAAAUUCUACCAAGAAUACAGAAAAUAUCACAUUUUUCCAUUAUCCCGUAAAACAAAAACAACGCUGCAAAAUAUGGAUUGAAAACGCUUGCAAACCAGAGUUCUUCAAUCUUGAGGAGGAACAGUUGAGAAAUAAAGUAAUAUGCCAGAACCACUUUAUGGACAAAUGGUUUCCAAAUCCGCAAAAAAAGCGGUUGCUUCAAGGCGCUGUUCCGACGUUGGACGUAAACAGUAUCAAUGAACAGGUGUACAUACCAGAGACCACAGAGUAUGUUGAUGAAACCAUAGAAAGUGAAAACGAGAUACUGCAGAGAAGCUACAGAAACGAUAACAUCAACUUAGUACCAGUUAGUGAUGAUAAUAGUGUAUUCAUUUUGGAUACGAACCCACUGCUAGAUCACCGCAACAAAGUGGAGUCUUACACAUACAGAAAUGGAGACUUGGUAAAAUCUCAAACUGUAGUCAGACAAACCUACCGACGUCAACCCGGCCUUUUGUCUACAGCUCCAUUAACUGGCAGUUCAAUGAAGAGACAAGCAGAGCCCAUCACUCUAAAUCAAGUUGUCAGUCCCGCAUCGGGCGUGUUUGGCCAUCUGCCAAUGGAUCAAACUGCGAUGAGCCAGCAAGAGUGCGUGCUCAUAAAGCAAGAAUCAUGUGAAACUGAGAACCAAGAUCAAGAGGAGCAUUUGGAAUAUCAGCAGAUGGAAGAAUAUCAAGAGGAUGAGAUGAAACCGAUCAUUAGACAGUCGCAGAAACAGGCAGGUCUCAAAUCACUACCUGUUCCCUCUGUAGAGUCACCAUCACCGCCAUCGAAAAGGCAGAGAGACAGUGAAAAGGAUUACCUUCGUCAGCUGAAGCAGCACAGUAAGGACAUCGCCGAAAUCAAGCGAAUGUUGAAACAGCAAGAACCGAACAAAAUGGACGUGACCACCGCCGUAAAUUUCUUGAGGGAGCGGCUGCCGCCCACUUUCUUUACGGUGCUGUGUUUGAACAUGGACUGCAAAAGCGAACUCGCGGACGACGACAUCGAAUUCUUCACCACUUUGCAUAAAACGUCGCCGGAAAUGUAUCAGAUUCUUAUGGAGAAAUACAAGUGGAACCUUCCUAGUGUUAAUAUUGUUGAAGCGGAUUAGUCUUUUGGGCUUACGUUAUAUCAAUUAUUUUAAUUUAAACUAUCAUCUAAAAGAUCCGCAGCUCGGUAAAACGAGAAGCUAAUUUUUCUUAUUAAUUAUACAAGUAUUAUAAUUUCGUUGCAAUUUUGAUGAACCGUGAACAAUAAACUGUUGAAGACAUUUGGGAUUCUUGUGGUACCAAUGAGGAAGUUUCCUAUUUUUCAAAAGACACCCAAAAUGAUAGUCUAAGUAAAAUGAAGUACAGCGCUGAAACUUUUAAUAUCUCGAAAAAUAACAAUGUUACGGUAGUCAGAAGUUUAUUAUUUGGUGGGCCGCGCCUUACACGCUUCUCCCUAUCAUUAACAAUGAGUAAAAAGUGGGUCAAACCUUCAACUUACAAAUAUUUUAUUGUACCUAGGUGUACAAAUACUAACAUAUCAGCUCAAUAUAAACAUUUUUUAUUGGAAUAAUUCUUUUAGAUUUGUCAAAGAUACUAGUUACACUAUCAGACGCAAGUAGCACAGGCAGUAUUUUCAACUAUAGGAAACUUCCUAAUUACAAUUUACAUAUUUUUUAGUUGGCAGUUGUAGUCUAUAGUUUUCAAUAUACAAUACUAUGAAGUUGUACAUUGCUUUUAUUCUAUGCUGAAAUAUCUAUAGUAUCAUUGUUUUGGUUGAAAUGUCGGUGAACAUUAUAAUAUAAUCACGUCAAUUUUACAAUGCUUAAAUAUUUAAUUUAGGAUCUUAAUAACCAAAUAUGCUUGUUCGACAUUAUUCUUUAUUUUGAUACAAUUUUCAUCUAAAUCCGCGAUGACGUACGGUCGAGUGCCGUAUUACUAAUUCAAAAUUUUAUCGGAACUCGUUAGUCCCUCAUAAAUUUUCAUGCUGUUUUGCUAGGUUUUCAUUAAAUUCAUUUAGUUGAAAAUAUUUCUUGUUCUUUGCAGUCUAUUAUUUUUAUAAAAAAAAACAAAUUACAGAACAUGUGUUUAUUGUAUACUAAUAUAUACACAAAAAUCUAUAUAAAAUAAAAGAUUGUCCAGAAUUGUUCUCGAGAAAAUCAACACAGCUAAUAUAAAUCUAAGACUCUACAGACUUGUAACACUUUCGACUCUUCUGUAUAUAAAUAUAAACGAAUAUGGAUGAUAAACCACCUUAUCUCGUAUUUUGGAACAUUUAAUCGGCAGUAAAAGUACGGUAAAAACCAAAAUGUUCCAAAAUAUCCAAUGUGUAUGGUAUUUUUUUAAUUUUUAUUAUCUUGUACAACACCGACGAAACGAAUAAUUAAAAUGUACAGGGUGUUCUUUAAUGGCAUAUAUUUAAGGAGGCGAUUCGUGGACCCAUUUUGAGACAAAAAUUCAUAUGAACGUAUAGAAAAAAAUCUGUAUUUUAAAUAACUGUGAUAUAUUGCAAAUAUCUUCAUGAAUUUUUUAGAUGUGUACCAAAUUUCAUCGGUUAUUAUAAAAUACAUAUUUUUCUCUGAAAACUUUACCGCCAUGUAUCUCAAAGGUUGAUACGUUUAGGACAUACGUUCAUAUGAUGUUUUUUUCUCAAAAUGUAUCCAAGAGUCACCUCAUUAAAUAUCGGCAUGUACAAAUUGCCAAUUGUAUCUUUUUCUAAAAACUUGCGAAAAACGUGCUUAUGAGAUUUAGAGAGAUUGAGAAAUGUGUAACCAGAACACACUAUCGUUCCAACAGCGUCAUUAUUUCAAAUAUACUUGAAAAUUCUCAUUUUCAUAUCUAGCUUACAUUAUUUGUACCUAUAAAUAAAUCUAAAAUUGCGAAGUAUCCACAAGAAAAUCUGAUAGUCACUCGUAUUCCACUCAAAACCAAAAUAUCACUUGAAAUAGCGUCUAUCUGGACUCUGGCUUAUUUUUAGGCGGUCUGAAUGUUUUGAUCUUUUUGCUGGACUUUUUCUCUUUUGAUUUCGUCUGGAAAUUCUGCCAACUGUUCACUCUAUUCUCUCUGGAUUCCUGAAAAGAAGUUUAAUUAAGUUCAUAAAGGAUUGCUUUGGUUCCAUUCGGGAAAACAAUAAAUAUAUUGUGCUGAAUUUUUAGAGAAAUCGACUGUGACUCAAUUUCCAUAUGUUCAAAAACCUUAUGUGUGUAUAAUAGAAAUCCAAUAAUAAAAAACCCCAUCACCGUUUCAUGCUCAAGGAACUCAUAUAAACAUGUACCUCAAAGUUCUUCUGCCAUUCUUUUUGCGCCUUGGCCCGCUCUUCCUCCUCGAUUUCCGCCUCCCUCUUCCGUUUCCUCUCCUCCUGAUCUCUGUCGGCCAAUU